ACGUAGAGGGAAAUUAGGGUUCCAAUGAGAAAACAACAGAAAGCAGCGACAGGGAAAUAGGGGGCCUGGCCUUGCUUAAACCCUAAACGUAAAACCCCCAUCGGGCGCCUCUCUUCCUCUGAGCCCUCUCUCUCUCUUUCUCUCUUUCUCUCUCUCUCUCUGCCUCUCUCGGUAAGAGUAUGCCAGCAAAGAUCAUCCUACGGCUCCUAAACCCCACACUCGCGAUCAUGAAGACCACUAACCCUCGCCCCAUCCCCAAAACUACCCGGGGGCUUUCCAUUUUUUGUCGGGUCUUUCCCCACAAGCUGAGGUACCAAUCUUUAGCUCCUCUAAAUGCUGCUCGUACCUUUUCCAGUGUUAACAAGUCUUCUUCCAAGAGUCUUAUAGAGGAUGAAGCUCAACUCAGUGACUGGGUUAGUGAUUUGAGCUCUCAUUCCUUUCUUGCUCAUAACAAGUCUAAGAAACUCUACACUGAUGACGAUAAUGAUGAUGAUGAUUUUGCUCACAAGAGGAGGAGGAGGAGAGCUGACGAUGAUGGUGAUGAUGAUUUUGCCAGCAGAAGAGGUGCUAGUAGAGCGAAUCGGGCGGGUUCUUUCGGUGGUCACUUUGACAGGAAAAGAGAGUAUGGUUCAAGUGAUUAUGCUGUGUCGAGCAGAGCAAGAGGGGGAGGUUCUGUCAAUGGGCCAAGGGGGGGUAGAGAUUUUGAUUCUAAUGAUUAUGGGAGGGGAGGAGGCGUAUCUAGUAGAUCAAGGGGAAGGGGAGGUAGAGAUUUUGAUUCCGGUGCUUAUGCAAGGGGAGGUGUGUCAAAUAGGGGGAGGGGAGGUCGAGAUUUUGAUACUGACAGUCAUGGAAGAGCAAGGGGAGGUCGUCGUGAUUCAUUUGACUUGUCUUCAAGGGAUUAUAAAUUAGAAACUAGAGGGGGAAGAGCUUCCCAACUAGGAUCUAGGGGGGACAGAGGGGGUGGACGUGGAGGUAUGAGGGCAGCUACUUCUGUUUCCAAGAGAGCAGGUUUAAUUUUGUCAGAUACAGAUGAUUUUGAUGAAAAUGAGGUAGAAGAUGAGGAUACGGACGAGGGCGUAGAGAAGGUAAGAGAUAGUUUUCGAGAAUUGAUCAGUGAGGAGAAUAGUGACGACAACAGUGAAUCAGUUGAUGAUACUGAUGAUGAUGACGAGGCUUCCGCGAAUGCAAAUUCUUUCUCAAGAAUGGAAAUUAUAGAUAGCCCCAGUGCUUCACGUAUGACUUCACAAGGAGGAAGUGAUUCUUACCUGAGUGAAACAAGGUUCGAUGAGUGCUCGGUGUCUUCCCCAUCACUAAAAGCAAUUAAAGAUGCUGGGUAUGAGAAGAUGACUGUUGUACAGGCGGCAACACUUCCUGUUAUUCUCAAAGGUAAGGAUGUGUUAGCAAAAGCAAGAACUGGCACAGGAAAAACCGUGGCCUUUCUGCUCCCGUCAAUCGAAUUAGUUACAAAAUCACCACCCGUUGGUCAUGAUCAGAAGAGACCUCCAAUCAUUGUGCUAGUCAUUUGCCCAACUAGAGAGCUUGCUAGCCAGGCUGCUGCUGAGGCUAACAAAUUGUUGAAGUAUCAUCCUUCCAUUGGUGUUCAAGUUGUUAUAGGAGGUACAAGGCUCGGGUUAGAGCAGAAGCGGAUGCAAACAAACCCAUGCCAGAUUCUUGUGGCUACACCUGGAAGAUUGAAAGAUCACAUUGAGAAUACUGCGGGGUUUGCAACUCGGCUGAUGGGUGUGAAAGCCCUAGUUCUGGAUGAAGCUGAUCAUCUGUUAGACAUGGGAUUCCGUAAAGACAUUGAGAGGAUAAUAGCUGCUGUUCCUAAACAGCGACAAACACUUCUGUUCUCUGCAACAGUCCCUCAAGAGGUUCGUCAAAUCUGUCACGUUGCAUUGAAGAGAGAUCAUGAAUAUAUUGACACUGUUAAGGGCAGUGAAGAGACUCAUGCACAGGUCACACAAACACAUCUAGUUGCUGCUAUGGACCAGCACUUUCCACUUUUAUAUGCUCUACUGAAAGAGCAUAUUGCGGAUGAUGUUGAUUAUAAGGUACUCGUGUUCUGUACAACUGCAAUGGUCACAAGGCUUGUUGCUGACCUUCUUGGUGAGCUGAAAUUGAAUGUCCGGGAAAUUCACUCUAGGAAACCACAAAGUUACAGAACCAGGGUGUCUGAUGAAUUUCGGAAGUCAAAGGGUCUUAUCCUGGUCACAUCUGAUGUUUCAGCUCGCGGAGUGGACUAUCCAGAUGUUACACUUGUUAUACAGGUGGGCAUACCUGCUGAUAAAGAGCAGUACAUACAUAGACUUGGUAGAACUGGACGUAAAGGUAAGGAAGGGCUAGGCAUACUGUUGCUGGCUCCAUGGGAGGAAUACUUUUUGUCCACUAUUAGGGACCUGCCAAUAUCAAAAGCUUCCCUUCCUUCUGUUGAUCCCGACACAAAGAGAAAGGUAGAGAAGGCGCUGUCUCAUGUAGAGAUGAAAAACAAAGAGGCAGCAUACCAGGCGUGGCUUGGCUAUUACAAUUCCGUCAAAAGUGUGGGCAAGGACAAGUAUAGACUUGUGGAACUUGCAAACGAGUUCAGCCGAUGCAUGGGCCUUGAUAAUCCUCCUGCAGUUUCGAAGCUCGUCCUCGGGAAAAUGGGUUUACGAAAUAUCCCGGGAUUGCGCUCUAAAUGAUCCAAUAGGUUCUAUACUAUAUCAACCAUGAACAUAAAAUUGUCUUAAACCAUUUCCAUUCUUUUUUGUUUUAGAAACGAUAGAAUAGUUGGUUUCAUGUGCUUUUAAAAUAGGUCUUGAGCUGUGGGCAUCCCUUCGAUUGGAAUCGCUGCUGCUGUUCCUUCAUCAGAGUGAAUAUCUUUCUCAUUUCA